AUGCCCCAGGGUCGGACCUCAAUUAUGAUACCGACGAGUGCGGAAGUGUCCGAAGUAACCCGCACGACUCAUGAGUCGAAAAGAAGUGUCGAACCUGCUAACGACUUGAUCGAACUCGCGAAUCGACCACCGUUACGCACACCAGAUAAUCAAGACCAUCGCGGCCCAACGGACAACGGCAUCGAGAUGAGCUGGUCCCGGCGCCAGUUAGACGUAAUGCCGCUAGAUAUUCAAUCGAGGCAAAAAUACCGCCAGAAACGAGCUACAUCUGCAUGCCCACUCUCCUCCCGCUCAGACAUCAGUCGUUCCGUAGACGCCAGCCCUCAGUUCGAUAUCUCAGGACACGAUACAGAACCCACCCUGAGCAUGAGUUGCGAACUGAUCACGACCACCGAAAACCGCGUCAUGUAG